UCAUGAAAAAAAAAUCUCAUAUGAGAAAUUAUGUUGCUCAUCUGGUAAUAGUACUUUUCACAGCUAGGAUUAUUAAGAUUAUUUUAUUUUAUCCCCUACCUUUUAAUAUAAAUUUGAAGGCUUACUCGUGUGUGAAACUGUGAAUUGUAAAUGAGAAAGAAAAAGUUGUGUGGCUAUAGCUUUUUAACCUAAUCCCAAACCACUAAAUUAAGUCUUAUAUUUUAUGUGUGUAUAGAGAGCUUAACUUUUUACUUACUCAGAAAUAAAGCGUAAUUAUCCGCGUGUUUCUUAAUUGGGCCAUGUAUUUUAUAAUAUAUAUAGAUCUAAGGUCUGGUAUACUUGUAGCUUUACGUUGGGUCUAAUGGCUAAGUUUUUUUUUCCUAAUUUGAAGUUUUAUGAUAAUACUGACUAAUCUAUUUUUGUUGUCAUCUUAAAUCAAAGGAAAAAGAUAACUACAUAAUAUUAUCACUAAUAUUAAAUCUCAAUACUAAUCUAGGAUGGCUUGAUUAAUUAAUGAGGAUUCGUUAGAUAACGCAAAUAUGUACAGUAAUAAAAAAAAUCUUCUUACUUGAUAUAACGUUUAAAGACCAUCAGAUACAUUAGGUUAGCUGUUCUUGACUUAGAACAUCCAAGAUGAACUUUUUGAAAACUUAGAUCCUAAAUAGGAUUUUUUUUCACCAUGGUAGAAGUUUUGGUCAUGUUUCUGGGAGUAGUAUUGCGUUAGUUAUCAGUUUUCUUAUGUUUUUGUAAUUUUUUUUUUUCUUGGAAGAUAUAUAUAUCAAGAGAGUAUUAAGAGGACAAAAAAGGGGACACACUCUCCAAUUUUUUGGACACAGUUUUGAAGCCAUCAUGCCCGGUUAAAUAGUUUUACUUUGAGUCCAUUUCUAAACUCUUUAUAAAUGUAUUGAUAUAUAAGCCAAAUAUAAAUGUCGUAAGAGCUUGUAGUCUUUAUAUAUCAUACAUUAAGUAAAAAAAAAAUCUAUAGAUCGAAAACCGGUAAAAAAAAAAGACAAAUAGAGAAGAUAUAAGAGUGUUUAAAUAUUCCGUCGCAAACGAACACAUUUGGUUUGCGGGAAUAGUUUUAAAUCUAUAAGAACUCAAAUACUAAAUUGCAAGCAAAAGUCUUUGCCGAAACCAACUUAAUUUAUAACCGCUAUUGAGUGAAAACGUAAAUGUCUCCUUGUUUCGAAUCAAAAUCGUCACAGAUCUGAGAAUGUGGGAUUGUGAUUGAGAUUUUGGCUCUUUUGCCAGUCAAGUGUCAAUCUCAAUGUUUUUAAAUGAGAUUAAAAUUUGGAGUUGAAAAAAAAUUGUUUUUAUUUUUAUUUUUUUAUAAACCCUAUCGGCUGAUACGGUCAGCCUCGGUAGAAACACACCGAAGUGUUUCAGAGUAGACUUCUCCCCAAAGGGCCACCACACUGUCUGUCCCGAGUUUGGAAUGAUUUCCGACUAAUGCCAUGAGUAGUCAAAUCACCUGUUACUGGACUACUAUGUAAUUAAACUGUUUGGCCCAAUUCCCAGAUUUUCCACCCAUAUAUAGUUUUUGUUUCCAGCAUGGAUCGAAUCUUGGUUAAUUCCUUCAAAUAUUUCCCCAAUUUUUAACUACCACUGAACUACAGCUGUGUGGGCAAGCUUGUUUUCAAACUAUAGGUGUUAAAAAGUAAUAUUUACCGGAAUCACAUUUUGGUUUAACUUUUUAUCUCGUUAUGAACUACCAGCCUCAACGUAAAAACUAAACUAAAAGAGUGAUACUAUAGCUUGGGCUUAAAAUGGAUCUAUAAAUUUUAGGCUCAUUUGGCCUGUUUAUUUUUCUUUUUGUCAACUUUUUUCUUUUCUUUCAACAUCUGUCAACUAUUUGUUUCUUAUAAUACACUAUAGAUGUGUGAUUUAAAAGUGUGGAACGUGUGAACCAACGUGGAACAAUUAUUUGCCCCUAGUUUUACCACAGUCCAUGUCAUAUAAUCUGCCAAACUUAACCGCAAAAUGUUCUUUAUAUAUAGUUUUGUAUACAACUAUAUAUUAUACAAUUGAUUGUCACAAAAAUAAAUUAUGUAGAAAAUUUUAUAUAUAUAACUAUACAUCAGAUGCUACACUGUUUGAUUUCUUAGCCAGGCUGUUUUAAUUUACGUAUUUUGUUUUUUAUAUGCAUGAAUGUAUAUCACAAUUUACUUAAACCAAAUAUUUUAUUCGAAUGUGUAAUUAUGUCAUAUAGAAUAUUUACAUUAUUUUUCUUGUUAUGCUUUCACAAUUUCAUAAAUAUAAUGUUUCUUUCAGUCGGCCUUAUUCUACUGAUAUUUCUCAUCUUUUUGUCGACCUAUAGAUAUUUCUCAUAUAUAUACUAAAACUUGCCACUUCAUUAAUAUUUAAGACAACAACCACAGCGCUCGGUAGAACAGCAAAAUUGUAAAAGACUAAACAAACACUAAUGAAAACGUCUCAAAAACAGCAUGUAUGCGGUUCGACAUUAGUACAAACUAUCAAUGCUCCAUUACCUUUAGUAUGGUCAAUCCUACGUCGUUUUGAUAACCCAAAAACAUAUAAACAGUUCGUGAAAAAGUGCGAGCUACGCUCGGGAGAUGGAGGAGAAGGCUCUGUCCGUGAAGUCACGGUGGUUUCCGAUUUUCCGGCGAGUUUCAGCCUAGAAAGAUUAGAUGAACUUGACGAUGAGUCUCAUGUGAUGGUGAUCAGCAUUAUUGGUGGUGAUCAUCGUUUGGUUAAUUACCGGUCAAAGACGAUGGUGUUUGUGGCGACGGAGGAGGAGAAGACGGUGGUGGAGGAGAGUUAUGUGGUGGAUGUGCCGGAAGGAAAUACUGAUGAGGAAACGACGUUGUUUGCUAAUACUAUCGUUAAGUGUAAUCUUAGGUCAUUGGCUAAGUUAUCGGAGAAGAUGGUGGAGCUCACGUAAAGUUGUAAAAGACGUGUGACUGUAAUAAUAGUUAGUAUUAAUAUUAAGAUUUUAAAACUCU